GAAACUGCAAAAGUUAUAAUUUGAUUGAUAAUUUAAUUACCAAUUACCAAUUACCACAGCUCGGCAAGAAUAUGGCGGACGAAAGCAUUACUCGAAUGAACCUGUCAGCUAUUAAGAAAAUAGAUCCAUACGCCAAGGAAAUCGUCGACUCGUCGUCGCACGUCGCGUUCUACACCUUUAACUCGGAACAAAAUGAAUGGGAGAAGACCGACGUCGAGGGAGCUUUCUUCAUAUAUCACCGCAACGCCGAGCCCUUUCACAGCAUUUUCAUCAAUAACAGGCUAAAUACAACUUCUUUUGUGGAGCCAAUCACUGGGAGUCUUGAGCUGCAGUCGCAGCCCCCGUUCCUCCUCUACCGCAACGAACGCUCCCGCAUCCGGGGAUUUUGGUUUUACAACAGUGAAGAGUGCGACCGCAUGAAUGGUGUUGUGAACAGCUUACUGCAGAAUAAAGAAUCCAACGGACUGGUGGCGAAUCCUAAUGCUGCUCCCACGUUUGUGAUUCCAAAACACGACAAUGCUAGCAUAUUUAAUAUGCUGAGCAAAGCCCAAAAGGAGUACAACGCACAGUGCAACAACCAGUCCAAGUCAAUGCAACCGGAAAAUGUGACCCCCGGGAAUGUUCUCAAGUUCUUUGAAUCGGCUAAGCAAGCAACAGCAGAGUCGGGUACAGUACAGUACAAUCGGGUACAGCCGCUUUCAGUGGAUCAAUUGGAGAAGCAACAGCGCGCAGCAACGCCCAAUGAAGGCUUAAUUCCGACCAGAGAAGCCCCUUCCGAUUGCAGGCUAUCACCUUUUCAGAAGCCGUCGUUGAACGCUCAGCCCUUACCACUGCUCAGUGAAUUGAAAAUCGGAUCUCCAUUAAUGGCCAACGAAGACGCUGGCAACUGCCUCAGGCGCUUGCUGGUGGGAGACCAGCCUGAAGCAAAGCCGGCCCUAAUGCCUCCUUCCAUGUUCGAUGCACCCAAUGGCAACCCGGAGCCCGUGCAGCCAUUAAGCUCAUCACGAUUUGUGCAGGCCUUCACUUAUCUUAUCCAAAACGAUAAGGAGUUUGUUAAUAAGUUGCACAGAGCAUAUUUGAAAUUUGAUGAAGAUUCUUAUUAAAACAUAAAUACAUAUGUAUGAUUUA